AUGUGCACGAAUGAAAGUACUACCGAAACAUCAUCACCCAUCAUUGGAAAGUCUUCCUUAACAUUUUCAUCCGUUCCAUCAAACAACAAUCAAGAGUCUCGUUUGACAUCUCUAACACCAACGAGUCAAUCAUCGCCCUUAGGAGCUUCUGCAGCGCCUCGUUCAUCACCUCCGACAAUGCCUCCGAGUAACGGCUCUCCAGUUCCUGUUCCCCCAAAUUCAGGAAGCAUCGGCAAUCCUCAACAGCUUCAUCCUUUGGACCAAUAUCGCCUCCAACUCUACAACUAUGCCAUGGCUGAACGCCUUCGUUGUAGCCAAUACCCAAUGACGCCUUUCUCUGCUCCCUACAACAAUGUUGGGCCUUAUGGUCCUCGACUUGCGCUCCAAAUGUCGCUCUUCCAUAACAGAAUGUUCGCUCCUGAAGAACCAAAGCCACAACAUAGUUACAUCGGAUUAAUCGCAAUGGCAAUUCUUGGAGCGCCUGAACAAAAACUCGUCUUAUCCGACAUCUACCAACAUAUUUUAGAUAAUUAUCCUUAUUUUCGAAAUCGCGGUCCCGGAUGGAGAAAUAGUAUUCGACACAACUUAUCGCUGAACGAUUGUUUUAUCAAAGCAGGUCGAAGUGCAAACGGAAAGGGACAUUAUUGGUCUGUGCAUCCUGCGAAUUUGGAGGAUUUUAAACGUGGUGAUUUCCGUCGGCGAAAAGCUCAACGUAAAGUAAGGAAACAUAUGGGUUUAGCGGUAGAUGAUGAUGGUACAGAUUCUCCGUCGCCGCCGCCUUUGAGUAUGACACCUCCGCCAGGCUUUGGAUAUCCAUGGGCGCCUCAUGCAGCAGCUAUGCCUAAUCCGCUGAGCAUUUAUUCGCAAGUAGUGACACGAAAGAGACAAUUUGAUGUAGCGUCGUUACUCGCACCCGACGAUUCCGGUUUGGAAACAUCGCCGCACAAUGAUUUAGACGAGGAUAUCGAUGUAGUAGCGAGUGACGAUCAAGACGAUUCCAUUAUCGAAAAGGAACUUUCAAGUAGAAAUAAUAAUGCAGGCGGUAGUAGUAGCCCUUGUAGCACAGACGACAAUUUACAUUCACCUCCGGGAAGUACAGCAGCUCCAACAGGUCCAUGGCCCGGAUUAAUGGCGCAAUGGCCUGGAGCGUUUCCCUCGUUGGGCGUCGGAAUGGAUCCACGCAUCUUCGGAAGAUACUACGGACAAUAUAUGGCAGCAGCACAAGCCCGAAGAUUCGGCAUGCAAGGCUCCAAUAACAAUAAUCCCACGGAAUUGCACGAAUUAAGUUCGCCUGUGCACUCAAACGAUUGUAAUUGAAAGAGAAUUGCCGUCGCAUGAAAUUAUGUGCUUCUGUAUUUUUUUAAAUUUUGUAUAA